UUCCCCCCAAAAAAAUGGUUUUGUUAUCCCUCUUCGUGUCAGGGUACUUUCCUUUCGCUAGUAUUAGCAUAGCAUAGUGUAUUCGUUUGCAGAAUAUAUUUUAGAGUUAGAACAAAGUUAUUGCUGUGCUGUAAAAUCUAUCUUGAAAUUACUAGCUACCAGCUACUUCAAAACGGCUUGCGCUGGACAAACCAUGUUGAUUGUAUUAUUUUUGUUGCGCUUGGAAAACGAUGUUGAUUGUAUUAUUUGGUCUGGUCUGAACUGGUCAGCAACCAGCUGUUUCAUAACCUUUUUCCAGCAGUAUACCCAACGUUGCUUCACGAUGAGAAGGUCAGCAAGAUUGCAACGAGUUAAAGAUAUCACUAAGUUUUGCCCUUCCGGUUGUUCAGUAAAUUAAUUCUUCGAACAUGAGGGAAUACUAGCAACAUGUCAAAUUGGCGUUUGUCAACAUUAAAUACAGUGCAAUUGAAUCAAUGAAUUCGUGUCCACAUUAUGCGCAUCCCGGCCAAUGAAACUGAAACUGAAGGAGAAUAACAAGUAGGCUAGAGAUGACGGGAUACCAAUUCAUCAUCUUGUGAACAACGGCGUAGCCUUUUUCCCGAAAGUAACUAACUAACGUUAGCUGGUUGCUAUCCAUGUCCAUUUAGGUCGGUAUUAGUGUGAUUAUUGGUGAUAUCUUCCGGAUGUGAAUUAAACCGCUGUCAUUGUUUCCAACUAUUCAAUCGCAACCAUAUUUUACAUCUGGAAAGUAACCAAUAGCCUACAGUUUUCUAGCCAUGUGGCUAUCAUAAACGUUCCGCUGGUAAAGCUAGUACAUCCCUUAAUAUAUGAAUAGUAGAACCGGCUUAAUAUAAUAAAAUAAUACAAUUCUGAAUAACUUCUCAACCUAUGUCAGGGAUGUGAAUGGACAGAGGCUAUUUCUCCUCUCCAUCAUGCUAUGGCCUGCUCCAUCUUCAGGCUGCUCUACAAGGUCUCAUGUUUUGAUGUUAUUCUCUACUUUUUGGUUGGAGUUUCAAGCUACACUGGAACAAACACGACUACAAACCUGCACACAUUUUCAGGAGCUGAACUUCUGCACACCUUUGAGCAGCAGGAUGAUGCAGGCAGGAGUCUGUCUGAGACAGGACACUGAGACAACACUACCAGAGCUCACUGAGCAGCACAGGAUCAGACUGAAAGAAGAGGAACUCAGUGGACUGGAGUCAGAGACAGAGUGUGCUGCACCAGGACUCAACACACUGGAGCCAGAGUGUGUUACAGCACACAGCGGAGUCAGCGAUGUACACCACACACACACAUCAGUGAUAAAAACAGAAGCUGAUCUGGGCUCCACCCACACUGGGGAUCUUAUUAAGACGGAGAGCCCUGAAAGGACAGAGCUGGGAUAUGUGACCCAUCUGCAUCCUGACCAAAUCAAAACAGAGACUGAAGAUGGAGGAUACCUUCAGGCAGAACACAUCAGUGACUUGCAGGUUAUUCAAUGUGUUGAUAUUAAAUCUGAUCAAAUGAAGUAUGAAUCCAGUGAAAAUUUAGUGAGUGAUCUGAUGGAUACUGUGAUGACUGGGGCUGGUGAUCAUUGCAAAGGCCAGAACAAACCAUUCCAAUGUGCAGGAGAGCCAGAAGGUGAAAUUCAAAUGGGUGAAAAGCUAUACAAGUGUACACAGUGUGGGAAGUGCUUUUCCACUUUAUCUCAUUUAAAUAGACACCAGAGAAUUCAUACAGGUGAAAAGCCAUACCAGUGUACACAGUGUGGAAAGCGUUUUUGUACAAAUUCUGAUUUAAAUACACACCUGAGAAUUCAUACAGGUGAAAGGCCUUACAAGUGUGCACAGUGUGGGAAGUGCUUUUCCACAGUAUCGCAUUUAAUUAGCCACCAGAGAAUUCAUACAGGUGAAAAGCCAUAUAAGUGUGCACAAUGUGAGAAGUGUUUUUGUACAAAAUCUUAUUUAGACAUUCACAUGAGACUUCAUACAGGUGAAACGCCAUUUAAGUGUACACAGUGUGAGAAGUGUUUUAAAGCAAAAUCUUAUUUAGACAUACACAUGAGAAUUCAUACGGGUGAAAACCUGUACAAGUGUACACAAUGUGAGAAGUGUUUUAAUACAAAAUCUUAUUUGAACAGACACCUGAGAGUUCAUACAGGUGAAAAGCCUUACAAAUGUAUUCAUUGUGGGAUGGGCUUUUCCCAGAUAUCUCAAUUAAAUAGUCACCAGAGAAUUCAUACUGGUGAAAAGCCCUACAAAUGUACUCUGUGUGGGACAUGCUUUUCCCAAACGUCUCAUUUAAAUAGCCACCAGAGAAUUCAUACAGGUGAAAAGCCCUACAAAUGUACUCAGUGUGGGAAGUCUUUUUCCCACACAAGUACUUUAAAUUGCCACAUGAUGAUUCAUACAGGUGAAAAGCCGUGCAGAUGUACUCAGUGUGGAAAAUGUUUUUCCCAAAAAAGUAGUUUAAAUCGACACAAGAAGAUUCAUACAGGUGAGAAACCAUGCAAAUGUGCUCAGUGUGGGAAGUGUUUUUCCCAAGCAAGUACUUUACAUCGCCAUAAGAUGAUUCAUUCAAGUGAAGGGCCCUAGACGGGUACUCAGUCCAUCAGCAUUUUCAUACCAUUGUUUCAUGUCCAUUGUUUACUUAGAAUUUCUCUAGAUGAGUACUUGUACAUAGGACUGCUGUUAUCUACGUUUUGUAUAGGCUCUCUCAAACACGAUGAGCCAAACUACAACCACCUCUGAACAGUAUUUGUGAUGUAGUUGCAGAGAAAAUGUGUUACCCCAAUCCGUUUGUAAGAAACUUCCUUCGCUAAAAUGGUUUUUAGUGGUUUUUAAUGGUCUACUAAAAAACAUUUUAGCAAAGGAAGUUUCUUUCCAAAGGUGUAUAGUUUGUUAGGCUUGCAUAAGUCAACACAGCGUUUUAUCGCCUGCGUAACAAAACUAACAUUUUCAAUACGCUUGUGGAGUCUGUUGCACUUCGACAAAAACAUUUCUUGAGAUUUUAUGCCAAAAAAGGUUGACGUUUUACGAAAAAAAAUUAUAAUAAAGUUGUGAUGCCUACGUCUAAAUAGAGGAGUUCCAAUUUUUAGUGACUUGACCCCAUUUUAUAUUGGUGAGCAUUUAAAUACAUUAUCGUAAUGCUUUUGAAUAAUAAAUAGCAUGUGAUGUUA